UUCUCGUGCCCUCUCUCUCUUUCUCUCAUCAUUUCUCCAUUAAUUCUUCUACUCUGAUACGAAACCUAAACCUAAACAACAAACACAACACAACACAACACACAUCGCGUAAUGGCGUUCUCAGAGAACUAUCGCCAAUCUCUCAUCCCAAGCUUCAUCUACUCGUCUUCAUCAGCAUCCAAGAAGCUCAUAGAUAUGGAUCACUUGAUGUCGAAUCGGAACAUUAUGUUGAAUUCUUCAUCUUCACCGUCUAUUUCAUCUAAUGGAGGAGUAACGUCGUCGAAGAAGAGCUUCGUGAUCCCAGCUCCGAACGAGCCAGGUAAGAUCGAGAUGUUCUCGCCGGCAUACUACGCCGCGUGCACCGUCGGUGGAGUCUUCAGCUGUGGACUUACUCACACGUCCGUCACCCCUCUCGAUCUUGUCAAGUGUAACAUGCAGAUUGACCCUGCAAAGUACAAGACCAUUUCUUCUGGUUUUGGAAUAUUGCUCAAGGAGCAGGGAAUUAAAGGUUUGUUUAGGGGCUGGGUGCCAACCUUGCUUGGUUACAGUGCACAGGGCGCAUGCAAGAUGGGAUUUUAUGAAUUUUUCAAGAAGUACUAUUCCGAUAUUGCUGGUCCUGAGUAUGCAGCCAAGUACAAAACUUUGAUCUAUCUUGCGGGAUCUGCAUCUGCUGAGGUGAUUGCUGAUGUUGCCCUCUGUCCCUUUGAGGCAGUGAAGGUUCGUGUCCAGACUCAGCCUGGGUUUGCCAGAGGUCUGUCAGAUGGCCUUCCAAAGUUUAUCAAGUCUGAAGGCGCUCUUGGGCUUUAUAAGGGGAUUGUUCCUCUUUGGGGACGACAGAUUCCAUAUACAAUGAUGAAGUUUGCAUCUUUUGAGACUAUUGUGGAGCUCCUUUACAAGUACGCUAUCCCAACUCCAAAAGAACAGUGUAGCAAGCCUUUUCAGCUUGGAGUGAGUUUUGCUGGUGGAUAUGUUGCGGGUGUAUUCUGUGCCAUCGUAUCACACCCUGCUGAUAACCUGGUCUCUUUUCUCAACAAUGCCAAGGGGGCAACUGUGGGUGAUGCUGUGAAGAAGAUGGGCUUAUGGGAACUGUGUACUCGUGGUCUUCCUCUUCGUAUAGUCAUGAUCGGAACCCUUACUGGAGCUCAGUGGGGUAUCUAUGAUGCUUUUAAAGUUUUUGUUGGGCUGCCAACUACUGGAGGUGUGGCUCCUGCUCCUGCUCCUGCUGCUGUGUCCGCGAAGAUGUGAAGUUAUUUCCCACUGUUACCACCUACAAGUGCGUUUUUCUGGUAAAGAAGACUUCAAGAUGGGCUUCCCUUUUUGGCGGAUCAGUAAUGUUAGCGUUGGUGAUUGGUAGUAGGAUGACAUUUGAUACUCGAGGGAGUUUAUACUUGAUUCUAAAUGUAGUAGUAUCCGUUUGCAGUUUCUUAUUUUUGCAGUUCAAUAUCUGAUUAUUUUUAGGUGAUGGUGUUAUUCCAUCCUCUGUAACCUGGUGUUAAUAUGUGACACU